AUGAACACGACUGUACGCUGGGCUCUAACAUUUCAGUCUGUGUUAGUUAAUGCCACUGAAGAGGUCAACGAUUCAGUCCUUUUCAGCAGCGGGAGCGACAAUGGAUUCUGUGAACAAGUCUUCAUUAAAGCCGAAGUGUUCCUGACACUGGGGAUCAUCAGCCUUCUGGAGAAUGUCCUUGUCAUCCUUGCAGUGAUCAAGAAUGGGAACCUACAUUCACCCAUGUACUUUUUCCUUUGUAGCCUGGCCGCAGCAGACAUACUGGUGAGUAUGUCCAACGCCCUGGAAACCAUCAUGAUCGCCAUCCUGAGCAAUGGGUAUUUAGUCAUCGACGACCACUUCAUCCAGCAUAUGGACAAUGUCUUUGACUCAAUGAUUUGUAUCUCUUUGAUUGCCUCCAUAUGCAACCUUUUGGUCAUAGCUAUUGACAGGUACAUUACAAUUUUCUAUGCGCUCCGUUACCACAGCAUCAUGACGGUGAAGAAAGCUCUGGCUCUCAUCGGGGUCAUCUGGACUGCUUGCAUCUUUUGUGGCAUCAUGUUCAUUGUCUAUGAGAGCAAAACUGUCAUUGUCUGCCUCAUCACCAUGUUCUUUACCAUGCUUUUCCUCAUGGCCUCACUUUAUGUUCACAUGUUCUUGUUUGCACGCCUGCAUGUCAAGCGCAUCGCAGCCCUCCCAGUGGACGGUGUCCCCCACCAGCGUACCUGUAUGAAAGGGGCUGUCACAAUCACUAUUCUCCUUGGGGUCUUCAUUGCCUGCUGGGCACCAUUUUUCCUUCAUCUCAUUCUGAUCAUUUCAUGCCCAACCAACCCACACUGUGUUUGCUACGCCUCACAUUUCAACACAUACCUGGUUCUUAUUAUGUGCAACUCGGUCAUUGACCCCCUUAUUUAUGCUUUCCGGAGCCUGGAGAUGAGAAAGACAUUCAAGGAAUUAGUUUGCUGCUGUUAUGGCAUGAGCUCAGGACAGUGCAUGCUCUUAACCCUCUAA